UUCCAUUCAGUGAACGCGGAAGGCCAUGUGACCAGACCAAGCGGCUUUCAAGAUGGCGGACGCUGGUUUCUUUCGCGGCACAAGUGCGGAGCAGGACAACCGAUUUCUCGACAAGCAGAAGAAGUUGUUAAAAUCGAUGCGCUUUGACGAUGUUCUAAAUAAAAAGGUGGAUAUGGAUAAGGUGAACCUAGAUGUUAUAAAACCUUGGAUAACAAAGAAGUUGAUUGAGAUACUUGGAGUUGAAGAUGAUGUGGUUAUGCAGUAUGUUCUUAAUAUGCUAGAAUCAGAAAAGAGUCCUGAUCCAAGAUCCAUGCAGAUAAAUAUAACUGGUUUUCUGCAAUCCAAAAAUGCUCGGGAAUUUAUGAAGGAGUUGUGGAGUCUGCUUGUAAGUGCGCAAGAAAAUAUUGGAGGCAUUCCUUCAACAUUCUUGGAGAAAAAGAAAGAAGAAAUUAAACAAAGAAAGCUGGAACAGGAGCGUAUUCAAGCUAACUUACAGAGAUAUCAAGGAGAUCAGCAACAAACUGAGCCUGACAGUACAGCAACAGAUGACAAUGUAGGUAAUGAAAAUGGAUCAGCUGCUGCAACAGGUGACAUCAGUGAAGAAAUACGAAAAGCCAAGGAAGUGGCACAAGCAUUAGCAGGAAAAGAUAACAGCCCCAAAAGAGGAUACAAGAAAUCAAAGCGAAAUUCUGACAACUCAGACAGUGAUGAUAGUGAUGAUGAAAAUGCAGCUAGAAAAAAGAAAGAGGCAACCAAAAAUACCGACGAAAAAGUAGAGAGGGCUGAGCCUUCUUCAGCAGUGAAAGUGAAAAAGGAACAAGAAGUAGAGGAGAGAUCACCAAGCAAGUUCCUUCAACCAAAAUGGAGAUCACGCCUCUUGUCAUCGGCUGCAAGACCAGCUGACAGAGAUAAACCAGGAUGGGACAAAGAGCAUAUGCAAAAUGUUGCCCUUACUAAAACACCAGAGGUGAAUGUUGUGUUAACUGGAGACUCGAUUAUCAAAGGCCUGAGUCGUUAUUCUUGGAUCUGGAAAAAGUACUUUUCCCCCCUCAAGUCCCUCAACUUUGGCAUUGGCGGCGACAGAACACAGCACGUUUUGUGGCGACUACAAAAUGGGGAAUUGGAGUGUGAUCCUAAAGUUAUAGUGAUACUUUGCGGCACAAACAAUGUGGACAAAAAUGGUGCAAGUGAAAUUGCCCAGGGUAUACUGGCCAUUGUUGAUUUCAUUCGGAACAAAAAGCCAAAAGUGAAUAUCGUUGUCUGUGGGAUUCUUCCAAGGGAUUUGUAUCCUAGUUCACGGCGAGACAAGAUUGGUGAUGUCAACGAGGAGCUGUUUGAGUACAUAAGCUUUUCAGAAGAGCUGCGUGAUGAGAAUGUGUUUUUCCUACCACCAGAGAAAGGCUGGACUGUCAAGGGAGACAUGCUUGAUGAAUCCUUGUAUUUCACAGACCACUUGCACCUUGUGGAAGACGGAGAUGAGAAGCUUGCUAAAUCAAUUGUUCGUUUGGUGAAAGAGCUUCUUGAGGCUGACAAGACUGAGGAAGACAGCUCUGUUCCUCACAAGAAGCAGAUCAAGCAAAAGGAGAUUGAGAAUGCUCAAAAGGUUAAAAAAGAAGCUGCCGAAGAAAAAGAAACAAAAAGAGAUCAUUCCAGCUCACGUUCACGCUCAAGGUCACGCUCAGCAGGGAAGGAAAGCAAACGAUCACGUGACAAGAACAAAGGACGCAAGCGCAGUCGGUCCAAGUCCUCCGCUUCUCGCUCCCGUUCCCGGUCACAUUCCAAGUCACGGUCGCGUAGUCAGGAAAGACGAAGACGAUCCCGUUCUCGCUCACCUCGUCGUGUUACUUCGUACAACCGAGGUCGGUGGUCGCCUUACAGACGCCGCAGGUCGCCGUCUCCAAGAAGGUGGUCCCCUCCUAGGCGAAGGUCACCGCCUCGCCGAAGGUCUCGCUCUCGUUCACCACGCCGGAAAUCACGUCGAUCUCCAUCUCCUCGCCGCCGGUCACGCUCUGUGUCAGCAUCGUCACGGUCACGCUCUGCAAGUUUUAGCUCACGAUCGUCACGCUCGCGCUCAGGCUCUCCGCGCCCCGAAACAACGGGUAAAGAGAAAAACGAGAAGGGUAAAGAGAAGGAUAAAGAAGUCAAAAAAGAAAAAGAGGAAAAGAAAGAGGAGGAAAAAGGAAAAGAAAAGGAGAAGUCAGUAAGUCCGGAAAAGACUAAAGCAAAGGAUUCUCCAAGUCCGCCGCCCACACACCACCGAUCAACUUACAAAAAGCAGGAACAGCAGCAAUCUCCCGUUAAACAGCCUUCCCCGUCAUCUUCCUCGUCAUCUGCCUCAUCUCCACCCCCUCAGGUUAAGGAGGAGAAAGAAGAGAAGGAGGACAAAGAGAAGUCGCCUCCUCUACCUAAAUCCAAGAAAACUACGAGUCGCCGUUACCGAAAACACUCACCAUCUCCCACCUCGUCAGAAGGGGAGUGGUCGCCGGAGAGAAAGAAGAAAACUGACUCCGCUAAAGAUCGCAGAAAGGAACGAGAGAGAAGUGAAUCUCCGCGGGAUAAGAGAGGAAAGCGGAGGGAUUCCUCACCUUCCCCCAGAAGGAGGAGAAGGGAUGACUCACGUUCACCCUCCCCUAGACGAAACCGAAGGGAACAUUCGCGUUCACCGUCUCCUCCCCGAAGGCGACGCCAAGAUAUACGCUCCUCUUCUCCCCGAAGGAGGAGAAAGUCUGACUAUUCACCGUCGCCUCCCAGAGAAAGACGUCGUCGGCCCGAGCCAUCCCCGCCGCGAAGCAGGGAGCGUAGAAAGGAAAGGAUGUCGCCCCCACCCCCUCGUAGACCCCGUCGAUCAAGUUCAUCGCCUCCUGUUACUCGUCGGGUAGAUUCAUCACCACCGUCGGGUCGCCGUCGUGUUGAGAGGUCACAGUCGGACGAUAAAGCGCGGAAAGAACGUCGCCGCUCUCCAGAGCCUGAGAAAGGACCUGCUCGGAGAAGGAAGCGUUCUGAGAGAUCUCGAUCGUCCACUGGCUCGCCUGAGCCCCCUCAGAAACCUCAGGCCGAGGCUGAUUCGGUGAAGAAGUCACAGACACGGGAAGCAAGACGGUCCUCGUCGUCCUCGGCCUCUUCCGAGCCGCCAGCAUCUGCAAAGAAGAAGCCGAGGGAGACUCGGGAAUCUCCUGUCAGAACCCCUCCUAAAGAGGCAACCAGGUCAAAAGGAGAGCGGAAGAGACGCUCACGGUCAGCCUCACCUCGUGUGGAAAGUCGGGAUCGGAGACGAGUGGUACGAAAGUCACCCUCUAUGUCACCCGAGAGGCCCAAAAGUCGAAAAUCAGUACAAGCUGCUUCGGCCUCGCCUGUCCGUAAAACCAAGUCUCGUACAAAGCGCUCCGCGUCAGCCUCACCACCACCCCCUAAGGCUGCCAAGUUACAGGGCUCAAGGCGUUCGCCUUCAUCUUCUCCCGAACCAGAAGUUAAACCCAGACCCCGCGCUACCAAGCAAUCUCCCAAACCGUCUGCUUCGCCAGAACCUCGUCAACAAGCUCGCUCGGCCAAGCGAAGUCCCUCGGAAUCUCCGCCGCGUGAACGGGCCAAGCGUAAAGCAGCCGCCAAGAGGUCUUCCAGCGAGAACAAGUCUCCAGAGCCCCCGCCUAGAAAGGCCCGUCGAAGCCCCUCUGUGCCAGAAGAAGAGGUUCCCAAGAAGUCCGCUAGUAAAUCCCCUCCACCUGCUAAGGAGGAAAGUUCAGCCGAGGAGCAGGAGAAACCCGAGGAAAAGGAACCCAAAGGAGAAAAGAAGAAGAAACAUAAGAAACACAAGAAACAUGGCGGCUCAAAACACAAACAUAAGCGUUCAAAACACAAGAAACAUAAAGAAAAAGACAAGUCACCCGGACAUUCGGAAAGUGCGGACGAAGAUGACACGGAAACUCUGGAGAGAAAACUAAGAGAAAAAGCUUUACAGUCCAUGCAAAGACACGCCAAAUCUCCAGAGGCGCCAGCAGAACAAGACGACGAUUGAUCGGAUUAUUUACAUAAACCUAAAACAUUCAAAGCCGCAACGACUCAGAACACCUUGGAGAGAUACACACUGCCUUACCCCGCUCGUGUACCAACACAAGUGUGCUGCUUGAGAUAGGGAAGCCAUCCUUUGUAUAGCGUAUUAACUAUAGUACGGUGUAAGAUGAUCUACCUCGGUCCUGGAGAUCUUCUUUCGUCUUUCUUUCACGCGUAAUAGCCAAAAAGCGGCGCGUCUUUUGAGUUUUGAAGAAAAACGAAAUUAAAGAAAACGUCUGGUAUCACGGUAAAGAUCAGGAAGCUCCGUAAUCUGGAACCCAGACCUCUCUCCGCUUUUUUUUUCAGUGUCAAACAGAGUGAGAUCUGGGUACGUGUUCUUACAUUAGACACUGUUUCAUAAGACUUGAUAAGUGUUUCAUUUCAGAGUUGCGUGGUGGCGAUUGCAGAAAAAAGGCUAGUAAAACUUGAAUUUAAGUUGCACAGCGCCUGUUAUCAAACGAACAGUUGCAAGAGGAUUAUUUUCCAGGAAAUCCUAUAAUUUUCUUAGUGGAACUCAGAUCAUUUCUCUGUAACAGUGCUAUAUAGCCAUCUGCGGCAAGUGAAAAGUGCGGUACUUUUGAACGCUAUUUCAAGCAUUUUAUUUUCCAUGUCUUUUUGAAUGUUUUCUUUUUAUUUUUUGAGAAAGAGUAAAGUGCGAUUCAUUCAAGUGUUAAAACGCGGAAUUCAAUAAAGUCAUCCCUGCGUAAUCUAA